AUGUAAAUUAGAUACUAGAAAAAAUAAAUAAAUGUGAGAGUAGCUUAAGAUGAAAUAAUUGCCAAUCAUGAGGUUAAUUAUAUUCAAAGCCUGAGCCCAAGAUUUAUUAAUCAUGAACUUCAACCCGUCAUUAAAUAUUUUAUUCAUUUAAACAGACUUUAGCCUAAAUGA